AUGAAGCUACCAAAGUUACCGAGAUAUAUUUGGGGCCUAAGUGCCGUGGGUACCGCGGUAGGCUUCUAUGUACUCUUAAAGGAUACUUCAGGAGGCUACAAAUAUGAAGGGCAUGAGAAGUUGGUUGGAAAAACGGUUGUAAUAACAGGUGCAACUUCAGGAAUUGGAAAAUCUACAGCUGAGGACCUUGCAAUUAGAGGAGGGCGCAUCAUAAUGGCUUGCAGAGAUAUGGAGAAAUGUGCUAGAGUCAGUCAGGAAUUAAUUGCAUCAACAUCCAAUGUUAACAUUUACUGCAGAAAAUUGGAUUUGGCAUCAUUGCAGUCAAUACGAGAAUUUGUUCAAAGCUUUGAAAAUUCAGAAAGCCGACUUGACAUAUUAAUUAAUAAUGCUGGUGUUUUGUGUAAAGAUAGGAGUGUCACUUCUGAUGGUUUUGAAUUGACACUUGGGGUCAAUUUUUUAGGACGAUUUCUGUUGACUAAUUUGCUUUUGAACAAAAUGAUAAAUAAUCCAGAACCCAGUCGGAUAGUUAAUUUGCUUUGCUUUGGUUACAAAGAUGCCAGAAUUGAUUUUGAUGACUUUAAUUCUGAAUUAAAUUUUUCUGCAAAGAAUGCUAGUAAAAUAGCAACAUAUGCAAAUGUACUUUUUACAGAUUCUUUAGCCAAAAAACUAAAAGGAAGUUCUGUUAAUGUGUUUGCUGUAAAUCCGGGACUUGCGGAAACAAGCUUAAGGCGGGAGUUUGGAAGUCACAAGUCUUAUAUAUCGGGGUUCCUGUUAAAACCAUUAUUUGUUACGUUAUUCAAAAGUGCCAGACAAGCAACCCAGACUGUAAUAUAUUGUUCCCUUGACUCGUCAUUAGGUGCACAGUCUUCCGGAAAGCUCUUCUGUGAUUGCGAAGAGGAAUUUAUAGGUUCUAAACGUUAUAACGAAAAAAUUUCAAAUCGACUUUGGGCUACUGCCGAAGUUUGGACUCAAUUGAAGAGUAUAAACAUGUUUAACACAAACAGUGACACAAAUUUAAAUAAAACAUAA